AUGGAGGGAGAAAUUAUCAUGAAGUUUCUAAUUACUAGCCAGUAUAAUCAAAAAAGGUCAAGCAAUAAAGAAAGUAGACUGAUAUUAAAUCCCGGACAAGAUUUUAUCAGUUCUCUUCGAUUCUUAAUCACCGAUAAACUACUUCAAACUAAAUUGAUCUGCUUCAGUUCAUUCACAUGUCAAGAUUUCAUGUCUUCGAUACAAGCUACUGUGAACACGAUGCUUACAUAUAUGGGAAAUAAUCAAUAA